GCGAAACCAUAGUGAAACAAAAACUUUCAUCAUCAUUUUCAAUCAAUCAAUCAAUCAAUCAAUCAAUUGUUCAAGUUGAUUGUCUACAUUUCAAAUGUGAGAAAAAAAAAUCAUCAUCGAAAUAUAUUUACUACUACUCAAAUGUGUAAAUGUCACCCAAAUGUGAUUGAAUUUCAUCAAUGAUGAUUGAUUUAGAUCAAUGUUUGCCACAAAGAAUUCACAACAACAACAAUAAUCAUCAUUAUCAUUCUAAUCAUCAUCAUCAUCAUCAUUAUUCUGCAAAUAUUCAACAUACAAAUUAUCAACAUCAAAAUGUUCAACCAAAUUCAUCAACAACAGCAACAACGAUUGAUUCUAUUGGAUCGCAUUUUCAUCAAACAAUGCCUACAACACAACAACAACAACAACAACAACAACAGCAAUCAAAUAUUAAUAAUUCUUUAUCAGAAUUUAUGACUAACAAUCAUCAUCACCAUAAUAAUAAUAAUAAUAAUAGACAAUUCUAUAAUCAACAACAACAACAACAACAAACAGAAUUAAUGUAUAAUAAUAAUAGUAAUGGUAAAGUGAAACGUUGCCAUAAUACGAAUAAUAAUUCAUCAACAUUAAAAUUGAUUCAACAGAAUCAAUUAUUCUCAUCAUCAUUGAAUCAAUCUCAUCAUCGACAUCAUCAUUUAUCAUCACCACUACCUCAAUCUGCGAAUAUACGAAUCAAUCAAAUGACAAUGAAUAAUAAUAAUUCUAUUAGUAGUGGUGCAGUUGGUAAAUCAAUUACACCACCACCAUUAAUAAUGUCUUCGACAACACCAUCUUCUGCAUCAUCAUCAUCAUCAAUGUUGAAGAUCUCAACAAAUAAUAAAUCAUUGAUGAAUGGUAACCAUCUGAAUCUAAAUUUAAAUGAAAAUUCCAAUGAUAGCCAACAACAAAAUGCUCAACAACAGAAUGGUCCAAUAAUGACAACAGCAGAUACGAUACGUAGAAAAAAGAAAAGUCAUCUUAGUCGUGAUGAAUUGGCACGUGUUUGUCAAUUGGGUGAAGUGACAUUUGAAUCAUAUAAUAAUAGUACAUAUAUGAUUGCCAUACGUAGUAAAGGUGAUCGUAAAUCAUUGAUUGGUUAUCGUUGUGAUUGGAACACUUGUGGUUAUAUGAAUGCACGUGUUGAACGUAUGUUUGGUCAUAUUCGAUCACAACAUCCUGAAGCGCCAACUGUUAAGAAAUUAGUUACCACCGGCAAUUCAGCAACAUCUUCGACGACAACUGUGUCAACAGUGACAAGUUCAAUUUCAUCAACAUCAUCCACAUCAUCUACAUCUCGUCAUCGUUCAUCAUCAUCAUUAUCGACAGCAUCCACAUCAUCAUCUGCGUCAUCGAAUUCUCAUCAAAGUCCACUUGCAACAUCAUCGAUCAAUAAAAAUAAUUCUUCAACUACAACCAAAUUCCACAAUAGUACGUCAUUGUCAACAACAAUUAGCUCAACGACAUCGACUACAACAACAACAACAACAACAACAACAAACAACAACAACAAAUUCAAUUUCAUGCAAUUCACCAACAUUAUUGACAGCAUUAUGUCGAAUUGAUUCAAAUUCCGAUAAUAAUGGUAAUAAAAAAACAAUUGGAAAAAAAUCUAUCAGCAGCAGCGGAAGUCAAUUACUUGAUCUAUUGAAUGGUGGUAGCGGUAGUAGUACUAGUGGUACUAGUGCUAUUACUGGUACGGUUGAUUCAGAAUUGAAACAACAGAAAACUACAAAAAAUUCAUCUAUCAAUCAAAUGGAUAUUGUCACCAUCAAUGAUGAUAAUGAUAAUGAUGAUGAUGAUGA